AUGAAUAAAAAUAAUUCUUUUGAUUUUUUAGAAACAAUUUUACCGAAAUCUGAAAAACUGAUAUCCACGACAAAUACAAUUGUUCUUCAUGAUGCAUCGAAAGAUGAUGAUGAUGAUGAUAACGAUAGUGAAUUUGAAUCGUAUGAUUAUUCUCAUGAUAAAACUAAACCUGAUGUAGAAAAACCUACAUAUAUUCGGACAUGUCUUGCUGAUUUAAUAGCAACAGAUAAAAUAUCUCAAUUAGAAGCUGCUUUACAUGUAUUACCAUCGUUAAUUGAAAUAUAUAAAAUUGAAUGUGAAGAAAUUGCUUUAGAAUUAGUUCGAAUAUUAUUAAAUUAUAAUAGUACAUUUAAUAUAGAAAAAUUUGAAGAAUUACAAUUAAAUGGUUUAAUAACGUUAUGUAAAAAUUAUCCAUUAUUAAUAAGUGAUUAUUUAUGUAAACAAUUUUAUGAAAGAAAUUAUACAUUAAAUCAACGAAGUCUUAUACUUAAAACAAUUCAAGAAACAGCAAAAAAAUUAUCACAAAUUGAACAAAUUCAAACGAACAUUCAUAAUGAAUUAUUUUCCUCCUCUUCUUCUUCUUCCGA